CUAUCUCAGAGUAACUUCAACUUUGCCAUCGUGAACAUUGGAGCCCCAGCAGCAGGGAUGAACGCAGCUGUGCGUUCUGCAGUUCGAGUCGGCCUCUCGUUGGGUCAUGUUGUCUACACUGUCGCCGAUGGGCUGGAAGGCUUUGCUGCAGGCCAGAUUAAGGAAAUGAGAUGGUGUGAUGUUGGAGGCUGGACUGGACAAGGUGGCUCACUGCUGGGCACGAAACGGACGCUCCCCGAGAAGUGCAUGGAGCAGCUGGUGAAACAGAUCCGGCAGCACCGGAUCCACGCUCUCCUCAUUAUUGGUGGGUUUGAGGCUUUCGUGGCGGCCUUGCAGCUGACUGAGGGGCGGGAACACUACGAAGAGCUCUGCAUCCCCAUGUGCGUCAUCCCGGCAACCAUCAGCAACAACGUGCCAGGCACUGACUUCAGCCUUGGCUGUGAUACCGCAGUCAAUGCAGCUAUGGAGACCUGUGACCGCAUUAAGCAGUCUGCAUCGGGAACCAAGCGCCGAGUCUUCAUCGUGGAGACCAUGGGAGGUUACUGUGGCUACCUGGCCUCGGCAACAGCGUUAGCUGUCGGGGCUGAUGCUGCCUACAUCUACGAAGACCCCAUUAACAUUCAUGACUUGACGGCCAAUGUGGAGCAUCUAACUGGGAAGAUGAAGACGACCAUCCAGAGAGGGCUUGUCUUGAGAAACGAGAAGUGUCACCAAUAUUACACCACUGAGUUCUUGUACAACCUGUACUCUGCUGAGGGGAAGGGUGUGUUUGAUUGUCGCACCAACGUGCUGGGCCAUAUGCAGCAGGGCGGUUCACCAACACCCUUCGACAGGAACUUUGGGACGAAGCUGGGCGUCAAGGCCGUGCAGUGGCUGACGGAGAAGCUCCUGGAAUGCUACAGGAAAGGACAAGUCUUCGCCAACUCUCCUGAGACAGCCUGUGUCCUGGGAAUGAACAGGAAGGCCUUGGUCUUCCGACCUGUGACCGAGCUGAAGACAGAGACGGAUUUUGAGUAA